UCGUUGUGAAGAAUUUCGAUUCUUCACUGACUCAGAUCAUUUCGAGUCAUUCAGUGAAAAUAAGAAAUGUUUCGACUCAUUUUGUUCAUUUGAGUCAGUGGGCUAUAGUAAUGUAGAGUAACAAGUUUGUAGCUGUGGCCAACAUAGUGGUAGGGUAACUAGUUCUCAACUGUACCGAAAUACACUUCAACUCUUUCGAUUUUACAUUUAAAUUUGUACAGUCAAUGAUUCCAGCCGCUUUUUCGCCAGGAAGUUGUAUCGAAAUAGCAACAGUUGGAACUGGCUUCUUCGGCGUUUUGUGGAGUCUUCGCGUACCCUUUUCCCCCAAAUAAUCUGGAAUUUCGUACCUUCAGCAUCAAAAACACCGACGAAAAAGAACCGAUUGAAUUGAGGACCGACGCCACUCAGGAGACAAUGCUGUAGAUAGACAGUCCGGCAGUGUCUGUGUGUGCCGGUGUCCGCCCUGGCUCUGAUGGCAGAUAUUCCCUCCGGGCUGCUGGAGGCUUGUGUGGUGGUGGGAGCGGCCAGCGAUAAACUCCGGGAACUCUACCAGUCCCAGCUGCAGGGCAGAGCCAAGGAAACCUCCUUGUUGGAGGCAGAGGUCCUGCAGGUACACGCCCCACCCUUCGUGACCAAGGAGAGCGAAAGCGAGGCCAGGGGUCAGGGUCCGGCCUUCAGCCGCGUGCCGAGGAGGCGCUCCUUCAUCAAGAAGAAGCGGGAGAGGCCUGGAGCGGCAAACGGAGAGGCCACCAAGGGUGUAAAUGGAGGGGUUGGCGCGACAACGGAGGACAUCAGCGUCCCCAAGGACCUGGACCUCAUCGCACUCCCCCAGCUCUGUUUCCCAGGUGGGCUUCAUAUAGCCAGCGAGCAGAGGGAGGACUCCUACCAUUACCUGGUGUUCACAGAUGUAUUUGGCAACAGGACCCACGCAGCCGUAGUUCAGUACUACCGGCCAAUACAGGAUGGCGUCCAACAAAAUGGCCUGCGGUCAUCCUCCAAGUCCUUCCGCCUCUACACACCAUACGGCAUCUGUGUCAUCUCAAAGUACCCGUACUACAACGCCCUCAGGGACUGCUUGUCAUGCCUCCUGACCCAGCUCAAGUCCUGUAGGAUGGGAGACUUUGAGGAGAGAGUGAAGGAGUUUUCAGCCAAGUUGGCACUGGUGCCCAUUCCUCCACCUGGACAGGUUCAUGUGGUUUUUAGCCUGAGGCCUCUUCAGAUCGGGCUCCCCCCGCGGGAGGGUAAGGACAGACCUGCGGUUGACCUGGACCUCCAUCUUCCGUUCCUGUGCUUUAAACCCAGACAACUCCUACAAAUCGUGACCAGCCUGCUGACGGAGCAGAGAGUGGUGCUGUUCUCCUGCGACUGGGCCCGCCUCACUCUGCUGGCCGAGUGCCUGAUGCUCUUCAUCCACCCGCUGCUGUGGCAGCACCCCUACGUGCCCGUCCUCUCACGCCAGAUGCUGGACUUCCUCAUGGCGCCCACCGCCUACCUCAUGGGCUGCCACCUGAACAACUACGAGGAGGUGGCUGCGGAAACUGAUGACCUGAUCCUGGUGAACAUUGAUGAUGGGACAGUGCUGUCUUCUCGGUCCGACAAGGUUGACCUGCCUGAUGUCCCCCUUGCAGCCAAGAAGUGUUUUAUAACACGGGUGGAAGGUCUCCAGAUGCACUAUGACCUUGAACUAUGUCACCUGGGAGCGGGUACUGAUGUCAACAACCUGCGGGCCCAGAGGAGACAGUGGCAGAGGGAACUCAACACACACAUCCAGAACAUCACAAUGGAACUCAUCGUUAACAUCUUCAGAGAAGUCCAUGACCACCUCAACUACGAGCAUAGAGUCUUCAACAGUGAAGAGUUCUUCAGGUCCAGAGAACUAGUAGACCAGCCGUUUUACAAGAAGGUGCUGGACACACACAUAUUCCACUCUUUCCUAAGGGAUCGCCUGAACAGGAAGAUGGACGCGUUCACACGCAUGGAACUGAGCACUCGGACAGAAGCUCACAGGCUUAGGUCCAUGACGGAAUCUCCGCGGCGGCCGACCAUGCUGGAAAUGGCCCGAAAACACACCACCCCAGAGAGCCGACUCAGCAAGAGGCUGGGGGCCAGCCUUCCCAACCUUGGGGAGGAGGUCGUUUCCCUGGUGGGGCCCGUCAGGCACACCUCAUUCAAGAUGCAGAUGGAAACCGGUCUUAGGUCUCCCCAGAAGCCGUUCAGAUCCUUCAAGCUGCCUGAGUUCCCCCCUCCGCUCGCCUACCACUAUGUCCAGAACUACUAUCAGGAGAUGAUAACUCUCCUGGGCAAAGCCAUCAGCGUGGCCGCCCCUGACGAUUCUUCUCUCCUGGCCCGCUACCACUACCUCAGAGGGUUCGUCAACACUGUGGCUGGGAAACGUCUGGACGCCCUCGAAGAUUUCCAGAACCUCUACAAGACAGACACUGACAUCUUCCCUGGCGAGCUGGUCAAUGCGCUGGUGGACUCCCUCCCGGAGGGGGAGCGGGCACAGGCUGACCGUCGACCCGAGAUCAAACGCUUGAUUAGCCGAGUGAAAAGGGACCACGAGAGGGAGCGGGCGUGCGGCGACGACGACGGGGCCGUCAAGAGGUUCCAGCUGCCGAAAAAGCACAUGCACUUAGACGAGUUUGUGAGGCAUGUGCAGGAGUCAGGGAUUGUCAAAGACCUGGGGACUAUUCACCGUCUGUUUGAGGCACUGACCGUGGCAGAAUGUGGUAAGGGCGGCUUGGUCUGGCAAGGUGGUGAUUCUGCGGUGAAGGCUUCUUCCCAGUCUGUCUUUUAUCUUGAUUCAAAUCAGGAGGGCCAGCAGAAGCAGGUGGAUCCAGAGAUAUUCAGAGUUUUCUACACCUUCUGGAAAGAAACCGAAGCCGAGGCACAGGAGGUGGCGCUGCCGACUUCGGCCCUGGAGCACCUGGAGGCUAACGAGUGUGUCUUCAAACUGUCCUCUGCCGUCAAAACGAACCACGGUGUUGGCAAGAUCGCCAUGACCCAGAAAAGGCUGUUCCUUCUGACCGAAGGACGACCUGGAUACGUAGAAGUCACCAAAUUCAGAGACAUUGAGGAUGUGAAAAUAUCUUCCACUCCCUUCCUUCUACUGAGGAUCCCUUCUCUGAAGAUCAAAACAACCCUGAGAAAGGAAAUGUUUGAGGUUAACCUGAAGUCAGAGGUUGACCUCUGGCACCUCAUGAUUAAGGAAAUGUGGGCUGGACGAAAGAUGGCAGAUGACCACAAGGACCCCCAGUACAUGCAGCAGGCUCUGACCAAUGCGCUGCUCAUGGAUGCAGUGGUUGGCUGUCUACAGUCACAGAAGGCCAUUUAUGCUGCAACCAAGCUAGCCCACUUUGACAGAAUGAAAUUUGAAGUACCCAUGAUGGUGCCGAAAACGACGUCAGAGACCCUGAAACACAAGAUCAACCCCUCAUCGGACCGGACCAGUCCCCAGGCAGUGGAGGUACUGCUCUACACCCCAGGCCAGCUGGACGCAUCGUCCGACUCGGGGGGUGAUGGGAACCCCAAACUUUGGUGCGCCCUGAGCGACGGUAAAGUGGUGGUGUUUGAUGCAGCCAGCUGGUCCAUUCAACAGAACCAAAUCCAAUUGGGAGCUUCACGAGUGAACUGCAUGCUGGGAGUGGACCGCCAGCAGGUGUGGAUUGGCUCCCAGGACUCCAUCAUUUACAUCAUCAGCGCCCGCAGCAUGUCCUGCAAUCAGCAGCUGACGGAACAUCGCAGUGAAGUCACAGGCAUGGCCCUGGGGGAGCGCUACGACAAAUAUGGCCCCAGGCUGGCCUACUCCUGCAGCGCGGAGGGCACCGUCAUAUCGUGGGACGUGUCCACACUACGGUUGAGGAAAUCCUUCCGGCUCUCCUGCGACCACCUCCAGUCUGUUAAACUCUGCAGUGGAUCCCUGUGGUGCUGCGCGAGAGACUGCAUUAUGGAGGUUUCGAAAAAUGGAACGGUGAAUCGCAAAAUCUCACUUCCCGAGCCGCUGCGUGGCUCCUCCCCCACCACCUUCAGCAGCAUCCUGCUCUACCAAGAGAGGGAGCAGCUGUGGACGGCGUUUAUCGACUCAGGGGAGCUGUGUGUAUGGCACCUCGGGGAUCCCAACAAGCCCUUCCAGAUAAUCCACCUCCCGGACUGUGCAGGAGUCACCUGCCUUAUUAAGGUCAAAAACCAGGUGUGGGUUGGCGGCUUUGGCCGGAGCUUGGCCAAGACCCGGGGGAAGAUCUAUGUACUGAACACCCAGCUACUCGCCAUUGAGAAGGAGCUGGUGGCUCACACAGACCGUGUCCAGGCACUGUGUUCCGCUGAGGACCGCUAUGUGCUGAGUGGGGCUGCCCGUGAUGAUGGGAAGAUUGCCAUCUGGAAAGUGGAGUAGUUGAAUUGGGAAAUCAAUUCCGCCUCCUGGUGGCUUGGGGUCAGAAGGCGUCAAAUGAAGUGAAACAAUAACCUGGGUAUUCAUAACAUUUGGGAAAUACAGUUUAGCCGUGAUAUUGGACUUGCCUGUCAAUAUAUGACCAAACCAAAUGGAACACCAGUUGCAUUUCCCUGAUAGCAUAGGAUUUUAUUAUUGCUACUCCGUAGACUUAAAACAACUGAACUCCUAUUUGUGACCUGUCCUUUUAAAUAUGUACAAACACGUGAAUAUGUACGUUAUUGUUUAUUCUUAGCUGUGUUUACUGCCUAUUGUAUUAUUUACAAUGUAUGGAGGAGCCUUGGACAAUAGCUUUUUAUAUUGAGACUACAGCAGAGUUGCAUUCAGUUACUCACCCAAAUAUUAGUAUUUAAUAUUUAAUUUGUGCUUUCUUUUGUAAAUAUACCUUUUUGUAUGUGUUAAUACACUCAACUCAUGUUAUACAAUGAAGUAUCUUAUACAGGAAGUGUUAAGAAAUAGCUUGAAUAAAGACUUGUUCUCUCCA